GGAUGCCCCCUUCCCAGUCUCAGACCAACAGCUCCUUCUUCCAGCCUCCUGCUUUUCUGAUGAUUGGCAUCCCAGGGCUAGAAGCCUUUCACGGCUGGAUCUCCAUCCCCUUCUCCUCCAUGUACACCGUGGCCCUCACUGGAAACUGCCUGAUCCUCCUGGCCAUCAGGAGGACUCCCAGCCUGCACCAGCCCAUGUACUACUUCCUGUCCAUGCUGGCACUCUCGGAUGUGGGCCUCACCAUGUCCACUCUGCCCACCACCUUGGCCGUGCUCUGGUUUGACCAGCGGCUCAUUGGCUUCAAUGCCUGCCUUGUCCAGAUGUUCUUCCUCCACUCCUUCUCAGUGGUGGAGUCCUCAGUGCUCCUGGCCAUGGCCUUUGACCGCUUUGUGGCCAUCUCCAACCCCCUGCGCUAUGCAACUGUCCUCACCAACAGUGUCAUCAUCAGGAUCGGACUGGCCAUUGUGGCUCGAGCCACCAUCUCUCUCUUCCCAGGACCGUUCUUAUUGAAGCGACUCAACUUCUGCCCUAACAAGAUAGUCCUGUCCCACUCCUUCUGUUUCCAUUCAGAUGUCAUGAAAUGCGCCUGUGCUGACAUUACUGUCAACAUCCUCUAUGGGCUCUAUGUAGUUCUUUCCACGGUAGGUGUGGACUCCCUGCUUAUUGUUCUCUCCUACACCCUCAUCCUUCAUACAGUGCUGGGUCUGGCCUCUCCCAAAGAGCGUGUGCGGGCACUCAACACCUGUGUCUCCCACAUCUUAGCUGUGCUGGUCUUCUACAUUCCAGUCAUAGGGGUGUCCAUGAUCCACCGUUUUGGGAGGCACCUGCCCCACAUUGUUCACGCUCUUGUUGCCUAUGUGUACCUGGUGGUGCCCCCUGUGCUCAACCCCGUCAUCUACAGUGUGAAAUCCAAGCCCAUCAGGGAGGCCAUGCUCAGGGUGCUGAGGGACAAGAGACAGAGCUGAUGAUCUUGAUAACAACCUCGGAGUCAGCAAGAUCCAUGGUCAAAAAGUC